GUCACUUUUUCCCUCUAUUAUUAUUAUUGUUAUUAUUAUUAAUACUACGUGAGGUCUUUGUUAUUUAUAUUGAAGUUUGAAACAUUUGCUAAUCGUAAAAUAUCAACAAUGGAGGUGUCAGAAAAUCUAUCAAAAAAAAUAAACAAAAUUUGCAGGAUUUGUUUCAUAGAAUCAAGUAAUUUGACGCCUAUAUUUAGCAACAAUAAAGUAGAAAAAAAAUAUCCAGGUUUGAUACAAAAAAUACGUGAAUGUGGUGGGAUUCAGUUACGAGAAGAAACAGGAAUUCCUUUUUUAAUUUGUAAUAAUUGUAUAGAAAACGCUAAAAUUGCAUAUAAAUUCCGGCUCCAGUGUCAGCAUUCAGAGACACGACUGCAAUUAUUUCAUGAAGAAUUAAUCCAACGUAGAAUUCAAAUAACGCGCGAGCAAAAAAAAUUGACAGAGACAGCUGGUUCUAUAAGUGGAAGUGAAGCUUCGAGGCUGGUUAUUGAUGAAGACUUUGCAUCAUCAUUAAGUGAUGAUGCAAAAAGUAUUGAAAGAAUUAAUACUAAAAAUGAUAAAGUUGAUGGCGAUGAUUUAAAUUUGAAAAAAAGAAAAGAAACUGAUGAUAAAGAUGAAAAAAUUGAAGUAUGUAAUGGUAAUAAACGGAAGUAUAAUCGCAAAAUAAUUGAAUGUCAUCAGUGUCAUAAAGUUUUUAAAAGUCUUGAAGCUUUAGCAUAUCAUUCAUUUAAUGAUCAUGGAGAAAAAUAUAAAUGUUUCUGGUGCCCAGAGACUUUUGAUACCAUGGGGUUGAUGAAAAUUCAUAAAAAAAUUCAUGAUCGUCGAUCUCGUGGUAGGAAAAUAAAUAAUAAUGUUUAUGAUGACAUCAAUGUGCCAGUAAAUGAAGACAUGAUUCAAAAAUCGACAUUUAAAUCUAGGAUUGAAAAGAAUAAUAAUGACGAUGAUAAAGUUAAUGAUAAAAAUAAUGCGCCAGCAAGUGUUGCAAAAAUAAUUGAAAAGAAAGAAUCUAGAUCUCGGAUCGAAGAUGAUAGAGAUGAUGUAAGACAUGAUGAUGGUACAGAAGCAAUUAAAACAAAAGAAGAAAAAAGAUUAAAAUUUUGUCGUUCAAAAAAAUGGAUAAGAAACUUUAUUUUACACAAAUGUGACAUUUGUAAGAGUACAUUUGAAACAAAGCAAAAAUUGAAUAGACAUAAGCGUAAUCAUAUAUCCAAAAAUAUUUGUAAUUUAUGUAAUUGUGCUUUUACGACUGAAAGUCGGCUUUAUAUGCAUCAACAAAGUGAUCAUUCUUCAAAUAAAACUGACGUUGAUGAAUCGAGAGUUUGUUUUUUUUGUAACAAAGUUUUUGCAUCAAGUAAACGUCGAUUUAUACACGAGAAAAAGAUUCACUGGGAAAUACGGUAGUGAUUGAGGAUUUUAAAAAGUAUCUUGCUUAAUUUGUCAUAAAAAAUUUUCUUUGAACGUUUUAUUUUAAGUAAUUAAUUGUUGAGAGAAUUAUGGGAAGUAAAAUUUGUUACUUGUAAAUUUUGUAGUUGUAGUUUUUGUUUAUUGCCAGUCAUAUUUAUUUUUUUAAUUGUCAAAAGGUAAUUAAAUUAUUCGUAAUAUUAACAGAUUAAUUUAUGAAAUAGUAGUGGGUAUAAAAAAAACUUCAGAGUAAUUUAAAAAGAAUAUAUAAAGUAAGAACUAUAAAGAUAAUUUUUUAU